AUGGCUGCUGUAGCUCAGAACCAGUCGGCCACGACGUCGAAAUAUGACAACUAUGAUUUCCCGACCACUGCGCCUGAACCGCAGCCAGGCCACCCUGGCCACACUACCCCAGAGCAGGAUGCAAAGGUUGAGCAGCUCCGUAGUGAGCUGGAGCAGCUGGGAUACACGGACAGACUGGACACUCUGACCAUGCUGCGCUUCUUGAGAGCCAGGAAGUUUGAUGUGGCUGCCGCUAAGACCAUGUUCAUCGAUUGUGAGAAGUGGCGGAAAGAAUUCGGCACCGACGACCUCGUUCGCACCUUCGAGUACAAGGAGAAGCCCCAGGUCUUCCAGUACUACCCUCAAUACUAUCACAAGACAGACAAGGAUGGACGCCCUGUCUACAUUGAGAAGUUGGGCAAGAUCGAUCUCAACGCCAUGUACAAGAUCACAACCGCCGAGCGCAUGCUGCAGAACCUGGUGUGCGAGUACGAGAAGCUCGCGGACCCCCGGCUGCCCGCCUGCUCGCGCAAGGCUGGCAAGUUGCUCGAGACCUGCUGCACCAUAAUGGACCUGAAAGGCGUCGGAAUCACAAGCGUCCCCUCCGUGUACGGAUACGUGCGUCAGGCUUCCGCCAUCUCGCAGAACUACUACCCCGAGCGCCUGGGCAAGCUGUACCUGAUCAAUGCCCCCUGGGGUUUCAGCAGCGUGUUCAACGUCGUCAAGGGAUUCCUCGACCCCGUCACCGUGCAGAAGAUCCACGUCCUUGGUUCCGGUUACAGGAAGGAAUUGCUGGAGCAGGUCCCUGCCGAGAACCUCCCUGUUGAAUUCGGCGGUACCUGCGAGUGCGCUGGAGGCUGUGAGCUCAGCGAUAUGGGUCCCUGGCAAGAGMCCGAGUGGGCUAAGCCGCCCAAGUGGGCUCUGCCUAAGGAGGAACAGAAUGUCGUGAAAAAUGAAGACUCAGGUCCUGUGGUGAAGGAUCCUGCCGCGCAAGAGGGCUCUGAGCCCGUAGCGUAG